GUGGGAGAGGCAUCAUUUAUUUUGCUGCUGGACAAGCAUAACAUGCUCAAAUAGAAGCUGUAAACAUGUAAUCAGUGUUGAUUGUGCUCUACCGGAGUACUCGAAGCGCUCUAUACAACACGCCACAUUCACACAAGCACUAUCUUCUAUGCUUUUUAAGUGCUUUCUAACUACCAUGCACACACAUGGUGUUUUGUAUUCUGAUCGAUACAACUUGGAGUUGAUAUCUUGCCCAGGGAUAUUUAGUAUAUGCCAAAUAUCCUUGCGCAAGGUAUCGCUUGUUUCAUCCAGUUUCAUCAUAAUAAAACUAAUGAAUUAGUCCUAUCUCCAGUCAUAUAUUUUCUUAAUUUUGCUUUCCCAGUUCUAAAAAAAGAAAAGAAAAAGUAAACAAACAAACAGACAAAAAUAAAACAAUGUAAGGGGGUAUAAGAUAUUUUUAGUUUUAUACAUAAGGACUGCACCUAAUGAUAUAUUUUUAAAUUUCAGAAUAAUUAGUUCAGGGGUAACUUGUCAAAAACCAGAUGUGCAAUAAAUCUCCAGCUCUGCCGUGUGUCAAAAUAAACACUGAACCCACGGGGAAGCCACUGAGCUGAAUACAGCUCAAAACAAAAUCGAGAUAUAAUUAGUCACUUCUAAUAUUUGAAUUUGAAGUGACUAAUUUUGUCUAAUUCUUGUUCAGUAACAGCUCCAGCUGCACAGUCAAGGAUGAUGUAAGGGUGGGAGGGACAUGUUUCAGAUUUCUGUAUUUGGCCAGUCCACCCUCCCGGAUUAUUUCAGUCUUCAACACAGCCUGCGGAAAAUUUUAGGUGAUAAGUUUGCUUUGUGUUGCGUUUUAAAGGGACACCUGAUAUGAGUCUCUCUGACCAACUCUGCAAUGCCUGUGCAACUGGAAACCUAUUAGAAAUCAUAACUUUACUGCAAAAUGGAGCUGAUGUAAAUAUUAAAAAUGUGUUUAAUAGGACUGCAAUACAGGUAGUGAAGUUGGGGGACUCCCGGGUCAUUGACACUCUGCUGCAAGCGGGGGCAAAUCCAAAUGUGCCAGAUCCCUCCUGCGGUCUCACCGUGACCCACGAUGCCGCUCGUGAAGGAUUCGUGGAUUCUGUGCGCGUGCUGCUAAACUAUGGGGCCAACGUUAACAUCGCAGAUGAAAGAGGUAACCUUCCGCUGCACCUGGCCGCCAGUAAGGGUCACCUGGAGGUUGUCAGGCUGCUCAUUGGAUACACCGAGAAUCGCGGCGUACGCAACAAUGACGGACUCACCGCCGAGCAGCUCGCGCGCGGCAAUGGCCACACGGACACAGCCACGUUCAUCCAAAACCAUCC